AUGGACGCUGAUGGGAGGGGCGCGCCUCAAGGCGACGGCCAGUAUGGCGAAGAAUGGGCGCACGACCUGAGGGUCCAGUUCGAACAGCUCUUGAGAACGAAGCGAUUAAACGAACUUACCACACGGUCCCGGCAGGGCUCACCAGCACCUGCGCCCCGCGCGUCGUCGGGAAACCUACGAGAUGCAUAUGUAUCUGAUCGUCGCCAUCCUGGACCGUCGGGCGAUGCCCAAACACCUCCUUCUUACUCAUCUGUCCGCAAUCUUCCCAAAGUUCCCACCCCUCCAGCAGCCGACGACCUCGAAUCUACCCGGUUCCGAAGCCUCCUUAUUUCACUUUCAGCGACUCCCAUCAAGUACGAGAACCCAGGCCUCCUCGACGAGGCAUUGCAAGCGAUCCCGCUCGACAGGAUAUAUGGAGAGGCCGAAGAAGAGUGCCAGGUACUCCAAGCUCAAGCCGAAAGCAUGGGCGAUGGGCGCAAAGCGGAAUGGGGGUACCAGGACUGCAUGAUCCGUGCCCUUCUCAGGUGGUUUAAAAAUGAGUUCUUCACCUGGGUUAACAACCCCCAGUGCCCCGUGUGCUUUAACCCGACCAUCGCCCAAGGAAUGACGCAGCCAACACCAGACGAGAAGGCCUGCGGUGCCUUGCGUGUCGAGUUGUAUCGUUGCUCCAACAAUAGCUGCAAGGCGUACGAGCGCUUCCCCCGAUAUAGCGAUGUCUGGCGGCUGAUGCAGACGCGGCGUGGGCGAGUGGGCGAGUGGGCGAACUGCUUCAGCAUGCUUUGCCGGGCGAUUGGCGUGCGCGUCCGUUGGGUGUGGAAUGCCGAGGACCACGUGUGGACUGAGGUCUACUCGGAGCACCAAAAGCGCUGGGUCCACGUUGACGCUUGCGAAGAGGCGUGGGACAACCCAAGGCUAUACACCGAAGGUUGGGGCAAGACGAUGUCGUACUGCAUCGCCUUCUCGCACGAGGGCGCCACUGAUGUCACACGGCGUUACGUGCGCAAGACCGAGUACUACAAAGAGCGCAACCGUUGCCCCGAGGAAGUCUUGCUCUAUGUCAUGCAAGAGAUCAAGCACCUACGCCGAUCCAACUUCGAGAAGCAGAAGCGUUUUGAACUAGAGAAGGAAGACACGAGAGAGGACAAGGAGCUCCGCAGCUAUGUUGUUGCUUCGAUCACCCAAGCUGUGACAGAGCUUGUCCCAACAAACACAACAGCUGACGCUGGGCCGAGUCGUGUCCCCCCGUCGCGGCCAGCGCAGUUUUCGAGCGAUGACACCAAAGUCCCCGUACGGCCCGAUCCACCAUCCCGACAAAGCGGUAACGCAGAAUAUCAUGCUGCACGUGGAGAAAACGGUCGACGAAAUCAAGGAUUCCCCCCUGCGCCGCACGGUCAAGGACCACCCUUUCCUUGA